AUGCCCAUGUCACCCAUAGAUCCGAACAGCAAUAAAACACAUUUAGCAUGCCAAAAUUGUAGAAUAAAGAGGCGAAAAUGUGAUAUGGAGAGGCCAUGCUCUAACUGCGUGAAAUGUGGCCUGGAAUGCAUAACAGUGAAUAGCGAUAAAAGAAGGAAAAGGGCGACAUCCGAUUAUGUUGAGAAAUUAGAAGCAGAAAUCGAAGAUUUGAAGAAAACUAUCGAGAAUUUAAAGGCCGACAAGAUCGACACCAGUCCUGAUCUAAGUCCUACUCCCAAUUCAACUAGUAUGCUUCCCCCAAGGAAUCCAUCUUGGAAACCCUUUCUUGCUAAUAUCAGAUCACCAGCCCCGGCAUCUCCAAAGUCCGACAGCGUUACUCUUAAAAAUACUCAGGUAGUUGCAUCCAGCAUCUACUCAAAUGACUCCCUAGCUAUUAGUAAAAGUUUCUCUGAGGAAGUUAAUCGUGAUAUGAGCUCAAACCUAAGAACGCUAUCUAGAUCACCAGUCAUUUUACCAGCACUAUCACUAUUCUUUAAAUGGUUGUACCCUGGACAUUAUACAUUCAUACACAGAGAAACCUUCUUAAGUGCCUUCUUUGGGGAUACGUCCACAAAGGGUUACUACUGCUCAAAAGAGCUUGUAUUUGCUAUUGCUGCAUUGGGAAGUAAAUUAUCAGACAAGAAUGAAGAACUUUACUCCAAGUCUCAAGAAUAUUACACACUCGCGAAGACAAAAGUACUAAAUAAGAUUUUCCAAUUGGAUGGAUCUACGGCAAGUUAUUCCUCCUCAUCAAAGCUAGCAAUUAUCCAGACGCUCUUAUGUCUUGCUUUCUAUGAUAUUGGGAAUGGUGAAAAUCCAUUGGCUUGGUAUGAAUCUGGGCUUGCAUUUAGAAUGGCCCAUGAAAUUGGAUUACAUUUAAAUCCCGAAGCUUGGGAUGAUGUUUAUGAUGACAAGCUAUCGCAAAUAGAUAUCGAAGUCAGAAGUAGGAUAUACUGGGGCUGCUACAUUGCAGAUCAUUUAAUUGCAGUACUAUUUGGACGAUCCAACUCAUUACGUUUGUCCAAUUCUACCAUUCCGGAGACGGACGAGUUGCCCAAUAUUGAUACCGGAAUCGAGGACUAUCAAUAUGAUCCUAAAAUUGUAACAUCAAUUGCAAAGCCUCUCAAGAAAAUCAUUGUUCUUUCAAGAAUCACUGAGGUGUUUGCUUCCAAAAUAUUCAUUCAUGCAGGUUCCUUAACGGAAAGGAGCGACUACUUGCACAAAUUCAAUAUCGAAAUAUUAAACUGGCGGAGAGACUUGCCCGAUGAAUUUAAACUAACAAAAACGACACUCAUUAAUUUUGACUACAAUCCCAUUUUAGCUCACGUUUGGUACCAUUAUUUUAUCAUUGUGUUAUCCUACAAUAAACCUUUUAUAGAUUCGUUACCAGAAAGUAAGGAAACUAUCGAAGACGCCAUUGAAGAGCUCUAUUUCCUACUGCGUUCAUUCAUGAAGAAGUUUAAAACAUUCCAGAAAAGUAAUAUCUAUAUGGUUUAUUCCUCUAUGUUGGCUAUCCAAUGCUUGAAGACAGGAAAUAUCAACAAGGAUAGACUUUCUACUUUUCUAGAGUUCUUGGGAUCUUCAACGUUAAAUUACGACCUAGCCAGGAAAUUCUACGACAACGAAAUGAAAAUAUCUUCAACCAACAACAAAAAUAAAGUGGAAAACACUGCAUUACUUGGUACUUUGUCGAAUGGUAAUGAGUUUGCCUUUGAAUAUAAUUUCGAUUUCACUUUGUUGAACGAGAUCGACAGUUUGAUUGGAGGAACCCAGUGA